AUGGUUGAUGAAUUUGUGACCUUGAUUAAGGGAGGCCUUUCUAUCAUCGAAUAUACCCAGAAGUUUGAUAGGUUGGCAAGGUUUGCACUUGAAAUAGUACAAACUGAGGCCAUACAAAUUCAAAGGUUUGUGAAAGGAAUAAAGCCCGUGAUUGCUAGGGAUUUAAGGAUGAACAAUGCUGAAGUGGUUAGUUACGCUGAGAUUUUGGAUAAAGCUCUUGAUGUAGAAUACUUAGAAGAUCGCAUAUGGAAGGAUAGUGCUGCAAGAAGGACGGCCAACAAAAACAAUGGCUUCCAUGAAAAUAAUAAGAGGAAGGCUCAUGAGGGACAGAGCAAUGGCAAUGACAAGAGACCUAGUCCCCUAGCCCCAAAUGACAUCAAUCAUAACAACCGUAACCACCACAACAACCAUAACAAUCACAACAAUGGUCAUAACCGUAGAACCCACUAG